AUGCCUCGCCCGGCAAGUGCCGUAUGGGUUCACUUCAGCAAGGAACUGCCGACCAAGCGCGCCACCUGCAACUACUGCGGCCGCAACAUGUGCGGCCUCGUCCUCCGCAUGCGCACGCACUUGGCGCGCAAGUGCCCGAGCUGUCCCGAGCCCAUACAAACGGCCAUGCGGGUCGACAGCCGUCGCUUGUCAUCUCCGUCCGCACCCGUCGCCAAGAGACCACGCGCCUCCAGCGACCAUCACUCCCCUAUACAGUCACCAAGAUACGCCCCAGGUCCAAAUCCAGCAGCAGCAGCACCAGCGACGGCAAAGGCCGUGCUCGACGACGCCACGGACCUGGACGGCUGCGUCGCCCGAGCGCUCUUUGAAGCGGGAGCGCCCGUGACGACAGUCGAGCACGCGAGCUUUGUCCAGCUGUGCAAGCGCCUCAAGCCGACGUACACUGUGCCCAGCGCGCUGACCCUCUCGACAGCAGUGCUCGAUCGCGAGUACGCACUUGUGCAGGCGCACGUACGCGCGCACGUCGCAGACGCAGUGGCACUUGGACUCGAGUCGUCGUGGCCGGCGGCGCCCACGCACUUGUUCGUGAGCUGCUGGAAACUCGGGACGCCAACUGCAGUGGACGUCCGUGGCGUAGCAAAGGAGAGCAGCACGGGGACACAGCACGGAGCGCUGACGUGCAACGGGCGCGUGGACGUGAUGGAGAGCCUCUUGACGCACGCAACGACGACGCGGCUGUCCGUUGUUGUCACGGAUACGACCGACAGCAUGCUCCAGGCGGCACGGGAUCUACAGCAGAAGCAUCCGGCCGUCACGUUCUUGCCGAGCUGCUCAUACACUAUGGCUGCCAUGAUGACGGAGAUCGUGGCGCUACCUGCUGUGGCCAGCACGCUUGCCACGUGCAACGACCUCGCGCGCUUCUUUGCACAGGACAGCCUCGCACGCCAUGCGAUUGCGCGUGUGUUGGCGUCGAACCAGACCCGCGGCAUGACUGCACCAUGGGGUGACGAUCCAUCUGACGCAAGCCCGAGUGCACAACUUGAGUGCCUGUUUGCCACUGAACGCAAUCGCUAUGCAAUGGACAUUUUAGUCGCCGAUGCAAAGGACCCGCUGUGUAACAUGCAUGCGCCGGUCAAGGAGCGCGUCACGAGCCUCGGUUUCUGGAAACAAGUGUCGACGCUUACUGGUCUCUUUGAGCCCUUUCUCGACAUCUUGAAAACGUUCGAGUCGACUCCUCCACUCCUGUCGACAUUCUACCACGAAUUUACGCAGCUGUGGACACACGUACUUGUCGAUCAGUAUGGAAGUCUCGCGACAAAGGUUCGGCGACUGAUGUCCGAGUACUGGCAAAAACUGCAGCACCCCGCGAUGUAUACAGCUUACCUUCUCGAUCCGCGGUACCCGCCAUCCAGUCUUUCAGGAGAAGCCACGAGUGAGGCGCUUGCAUACAUCAAGCGAGCAGCCAAAGCGGAGGUCUACAAAACAAUCGUGGACGAGUUGACUCGCUUUACAGCGCGGAUUGGCCUGUUUGCCGAUGAUGCUAUCUGGGAAUCCGCCCAGCAAUGCAGUCCACUGCACUGGUGGAAAGGCUUCAUCGGGGGAUCCUGUCCGAAUCUGCAAUCGGUAGCGCUGCGCACACUGGGCUAUCCUACAACGUCUGGUCUUUUCGGUGCAAAGCGCAGGACGUUUGAGCAGAUCCUGACCAUGAACGCGAAGCACAUGGACGAGGGGCAGGCAAUCAAGACAGCAGUCAUGCACGCGAACUCGAAUCUAGUGUCGCAAGCCGAAGACGGCACACCCGACGCGACUCGCAAAGACAAAAAGGUGCCCUAG